UCGGCGUAGUCUGGGACCUGGCGUCUCCCCGUUCGGGAAAUAGGGAAACGGAGACAAAAGAGAGAGAGAAAGAAGAAAUUUAUUCGAAAAACGGGAACGAGACAACGACGACCAAGAAAACGCUAGUCGAGUGAGGAGUGUGGCUCGCGUUAGAUAGGAUGCGUGUGCCUGGGUGCGGUGUGCCACCACCCAACAACAAUAACAACAAUCAAUUCACAAUAAAUAAAAAUAAUAAUAAAAAUCAUCAAAAAAAUAAUAAAAGUCAAAAUAUCAUUAGAAAGAGUCAAAAAAUUUUUAGGCUACAUCAAGUGAUCAGUGAUCACCAUUUAAGGCGGGAAAAUAAUCAUCAUUAUCAUCAGAUUCAAUAUAAAAAUUUUGGAGAACGUCUCGAUUUUCAAAUUUUUCGAAUUUCGAGAAAGGAAGGACAUUUUGAUCCUUCCGCGAGAAAAAUCCUCGGGAUUCGUGAAAAUUGCAUCACUACGUCCAUUAUUAAAUAUUGUGAAUUGAGUUAAUCAUCAUUAAAAAAAAAAAAAAGAAAUACUAAUUGGAGGGAGAAUUUUUUUGGUCCCUUCUUUAUCGGGACCAAAAAAAAAAAAAAUUCGCGGGGCCAAUUUGAGUCAAUUAUUUCAAUUUGGCAUCCACGACGUUUAGAACGCUGAAGCUCCAGGCUCAGGAGUGUCAUCCAGGUGUCAACCGGCAUCAGCCUGGACCACCACCGUCCCAGCUACUCAUGUUCAUCCCGGAUACUCUGAGGAGCUGCAUGGUGGAACCGGAUGUCUCGACUUACCUGCAGGCCCCUUCCGUAGGACAGGAUGAGUUCCAUCCAUUCAUUGAGGCCCUUCUACCAUUCGUGAAGUCUUUCUCCUACACGUGGUUUAACCUACAAGCUGCAAAAAGGCGUUACUAUAAGAAGCACGAGAAACGGAUGAGUCUCGAAGAGGAACGACAGUGUAAAGAAGAACUCCAGAACGAAAAACUGGAGGUAAAACAAAAAUGGGCUUCGCGGCUUCUAGGAAAGUUAAGAAAAGAUAUAACGCAAGAAUAUCGAGAGGACUUUGUCCUCAGUAUCACGGGAAAAAGGCCGGCCAUGUGUGUUCUAAGUAAUCCUGAUCAAAAGGGAAAAAUGCGUCGAAUCGAUUGUCUGCGACAAGCGGACAAGGUAUGGAGAUUGGACCUAGUGAUGGUAAUUCUAUUUAAAGCGAUUCCAUUGGAAUCGACAGACGGCGAAAGAUUGGAAAAGACUGCAGAAUGUGCUCAACCGGGUCUCUGUGUUAAUCCUUACCACAUCAAUGUCUCCGUCCGGGAACUCGACCUCUAUCUCGCCAACUUCAUUACCAGUCACGAGGUGCUGAAUGGUAUCUGUAAUGCUAAUAAAGAAGAAGAAAGGCGACGUAAAGGUGCAGGUUACCACGAACUGUAUAAUGGUGUCGUAUGCAACGAUACAAUCCUCGCGACAGGUGUUUUCAGCUCCAAGGAGCUCUGGAUGCUUUCAAAAGACUGUAUGUGUCUGGUUUCAGCGUCCAUACUGCAUGACCUCAGCGACAUGCAGCCUCAAAUAAACGCGAUCAAAAUAGAGCACCCGCCGUACUACUGCAGCAGCUACACCCCUCCAUCCGCAGCUACUGCCGCGGAUCAUACUCAGCCCGCGGCUAGCUUCAGUCCACCGCCGGUGCACCAGCUCAUACGAAAUGAUAAGACUGAAAAGCCUCCGACGGUAUCGGUUUCAAGUGCUACAACCUUCUCUCCAGUUCUGAGGCCCGAGGAAGGCCAUCGUGGAAUGGAUUCUCCUCAUUCGCAAACGGGAUUGCAUUCACCGCACGAAGGUUUGGCCGGUGGUUCCGGUCAAAGUAUGUCCGGCCUUGCUUACUAUCAACCCGAGCAUCCUGGUUCCGCUGGGGUCGUUAAAUACCCGGAAAAUGGUCACGACACUCUCUCGGAUUUCGUGACAUUUGUAUGCCAGGAAGCCGAGAACACUCAGCAGCUACCCCAGGCACAACUCGCGGGUCCGCGAUCUGGAAUACAAAAGUUCUCACAGUAUUACCCGAGUUCGAUGUUACCUCCACCACCACCAGCACCAAUGGCGCGACCUGUGGCAAUAAUACGAUCUACAGGCGAGCUAACAACAAAUAAUGCAAAUUCACCGCCAACAUCAUCGACAUCGCCAGCCGAUUCGUCUGACAUGGGACCGAAUCAAGAACAAAUGGCAGCGGCGGCGGCAGUUGGUCUUGUCAGUUCAUGUCAAAGUUCAGAUCCUGGCGGUAGAAAAAGUCCCGCGCGAAUACUCGUCACUGCACCUCACACCAGUAGAGAAUAUACAUUCGCUCAUUUUCACUCGCAACCAGGACAGCAAAUCUUCACCUACCCUACCAUCAGCUCGAUGUCAGGAGUGAUUUCCCCGACGAAUCUUUCCCUCUUCUCAUCCCCCGUUUCUGUAACGAGACCAGUGGCAACGCAGAGGUCAGUUUCCAACGUUCCCCCACGUUGGAAUACAGCACCCUUCAUAAAUCUGGAGGACGAUUACAACAUGAUAGCUCCAAUUAUUGCGGGUACUGCCAGUGAACCACCCACUGCCAUGGACGAUGAUCGUUAUUUUCAUUCUGUCCAUGCGAGUAAUGUCGUUGACAAAAAUGUCAAUGGCGGAAUGAUGGGAACUGAAUUAGUUGGUACCGAUCCAAAUUCGCAUCAUCAUCAACAACAACAACAGCAACAACAACAACAACAACAAGUGAUGCAGGAUAAAUCCGGAAGACCUAAAUCUCCUCCGUGACACUGGAGCUCGAGUUUUUUUCGACUCUCCAUUAUCUUAUGGUUCGGUUCAUUCACAACAUGCUCAAUAAUGUUGACACUCGGUUUCGCCACGAGUUGGCAGAAUUUAAAAAUAAAUAAACACGUUGGAAACGAAUCGGUUAUAUUUUCAAACUCGACAUUUCACUUUUAUUUAUUCACUCAACAAAAAAAAAGUAGAAAAAGAAAAAUGAGAUUCAAAGUGAAAUAAGAGUAUAAAAUUUUUCCUUGACCCUUUUUACACUAUAUGAUAAUAAUAAUAAUAUAAUAAUAAUAAGAAUAAUAAUAAUAAAAAAAAACUCCCGUCGCAUAUGAUACUUGCCAUUUCUCAUUAGCAAAUUUUUUCUCUAGUAUAAUAGCGAGUGCUGGCAUUUUUGAUUCAAUCAAUUAUUAUCAAAACUUGUACACUGAAAAAAAGUAUCAUUGAUUCAAAAAAAAAUUAUUUUCUUGUCUGUAUUUGAUCAACUAAUUUUAUUCUCCACUUGGAAAAAUUUCCCCGGAAAGUGCCCCCUGGAGGUUCUAUCAGAAUUCCGCCGGAACUUCCAACGUAAUUCCGUCGGAAUUCCAUCGGAGUUCCAAAGAAUUUCCGAUGGGAUUCCGACGGAAUUAGGACUCUAAAAUUUUUGAAAAAAUUAAUCGGAAUUCCGUCGGAAUUCCGUCGGAAAUUCUUUGGAACUCCGAUGGAAUUACGUUGGAAGUUCCGGCGGAAUUCUGAUAGAACCUCCAGGGUGCACUUUCCGGGGAAUCUUUUCAAGUGGGUCAAGAAAAUUUACUUCAAACUAGUAAAAAAAAUUUUGGAUCAAAAAAAAAAAAUAUAUUGAAUCAAAUACGAACAUGUAAAUGGCGAAAAAUACUAUUUUAUAGUGUAUAAGAAAAAAAAACCAAAAUUUUAGAAUGAAAAUCAAUUAUAAUAGCCGAUUUCUAUUUAAAUAAAAUUUAAAUGAACCGUUAAAUUUUUUUCUGUAAAGAAUAAAUUCAAAAAAUAACCAAUUUUUUUCCCCUCUAUUUUUAUUGUAUACUAAAAGUUCAGUAAUUUAAAAAAAAAAAAAAAAAAUAUUUUUUUGUGCUAAGAAAAUAAAUUUCUUUGAAAUCACAAUAAUUUUAAUUGAAUCAACCAAAUUAAAAUAGUCAAAUUAGUUAACCAAAUUUUUUUGAUUAAAUUAAUCAAAAUUUUAUUUGGUUCAAAAAAAAUUAUUUUUUCCUUCAAAAAAUUUAAUAAAAGUAAACUAAACGUUUAUUUAGAUAAAAUAAAUUAAUCAAAAAAAUUUUUUUCACAAAAAAUUGUGAACCAAAAAAAUAAUAUAUUUGUUUCGAAAAAAAAUUUUUGUAAUUAUUUAGAAAAAUAUUCUUUUCAUAGAAAAUUGUUUUUGGUAAAAAUAGAAAAAAAAAUUAUGCCAGUAAAAUAUGACAUUAGAAACUGAAUAAAUUCGUUAAAUAAUUAUUAUAAAAGGCUAUAGGUAAAAUAUGAAAAUUCUGGUUCGUUCCACGUGAUUAUAAUUACAUUGUAAAUAGAAAAGCGACAAAGUUUUCUUGACUAUGAAUAUUUGGCGAGUAUUCUUCAAUUAAACUUUGCCGAUAAUGCGCGACUAUAAUUUGUGAUACCGUGACCAUUAUUAAUAAUACCUACAUACAAUAACUGAUGAAAACACAAUUGUUACGCUGAAAACGCAAUUUAAAAGAAAAAAAAAGGAAAAAAAAACAGAAAAAUAUGGUUAAGGGGUAAAAAAAGGGAGGGGUCAAUUAUCGAACGAAUUAUACAAUGUUAUAUAUCCCGGUUGAUAAAAUUUUUUCGACCCGCUAUAUAUUAAUUAACAAGGUAUACUAUAUAUCGUUUAUUAUAUGCCUAAUGCUCAGGCUAGUGCUAACACUAGUAAAAGACUAGUGCGGACUAGUCACCAGAGGCUGCUAGUUAGAAACAUUUAUAGUAUUUAAUACUCAAUUUAUCCCGGUCAUCGACAGAAUUUUACUUUUCUUUUUUUUUUUUUUUACUAUUUUCACAAAAUUAUUCCCUUAUUUAAAGAAAAAAAACUCUUUUUUCCAAUUUUUAAUUCUUGGAAAAAUUAUUUUUUUUUUUAUAAAUAUUUGUUGAAAAUUGUUUUUCUCCAGUUCUGUAUUUUUUUUUUUCUUUUUGGAAUGAGGUGCACCUGAUUUUUUUGUCGAUAAAAAUCCCCCCCCCAAAAAAAAGGCAAAGUUCUCGCGGUUCGAUUAUUAUGUUGUAUGAUUAAUUUAUUUUUUAGAACAGUGAGUUUUGUAAGUAGUAUAAAUAUUAUUAUUUUUAUUCAAUAGAAAAACGAUCUUUGUAAUCAUGUAGUUAUUAUACUAUUAUGUUCUGUAUAUGAUUUAACUUGAACUUCGUUAGCUUGGUUUGUUCAAUUAACGAAGACAAUUUACAAGCUGUUGAUCAAAAAAAAAAAAAAAAAAAAAAAAAAAAAAUGAAAAAAAAAUAAGAUAAUGAUCGUUCAAUGA